AUUGAAAGUGUAUGCCCAACAAAAAAUGAACCCCCAUCAGCCUCUCCCUUCAAACCAUACCGAAGGCAUAAUAGUUGCAGAAUAACAGUCUACUGUCCGUUAGUACGCCAGAAAUGUGACAUGCACCGGUCACAUGACACCGCGCAUCGGCCGCGUCUCCCCGAAUCCCUCGACCGCAGCCUGCAGAACACGUUCGACAUCACCACCCACCACCCCAUGGGGUUCCAGCGAUGGAUCCUAUCCUAGAGGGCCUCAACAGCGCCCAGACGGCUGCGGUAGCCUCCCCAUCCCCCGUCCUUCAGGUCCUCGCCCCCCCGGGCUCGGGAAAGACCAAGACCCUGACGGCACGCGUCGCGUAUCUCCUCUCCCACCAUGGCUACCGACCACAAGAUGUCAUCUGCUGCACGUUCACCAUCAAAGCCAGUCGCGAGAUGCGAGAGCGGCUGGCGAAGCUGAUUGGCGAUGACUUGCAAAGGAAACUAGUCCUGGGGACGUUCCAUUCGAUUUGUCGGCGGUAUCUGGUGACAUAUGGCUAUUUGAUCGGGCUGAAGAAGGGGUUUGGUAUUGCGGAUUCGGGGGAUAGUCUGGCUAUUAUCAAGGUACGCAUCUUGGUUUUGGUUCGAUCGGUCUGCGGGAGAGUAGCCGUUGCUGAUUUCUGCAGAGGAUCGUUAAGCGACUGCAGGUCGGAAUCCAGCCCAACGCAGCUCGGUCACGCAUAUCUCACCAGAAAGCGCAUGGUGUUAGUCCAGACGAGGUGGCUGCGAAGUUGAGUAAGAACUCGAAGGUGCUCGAGCAGAGAGAGUUUGUCCAGGUUUAUCGCGAAUACCAGGAAAAUCUGGAGGCUUCGAAUCUACUGGACUACGAUGAUCUACUU